AAGGCACCACCUGCCCUGUCCCGGCACCCGCCUCAGGGCUUGGGCUCCACCAGGGACUGCAGCCACAGCGAGAUCACCGCUGCCCACCGGCCCCGGGAAAGCCCCACGGUGUAGCAGCGGCCGAGCACCCGGUUCCUGGGAUUUGCAUGCUGUGAUUAAGGCAGUGAAGCAAUCGUGCUGUUGCCUCAUCGGUGAGAAUCCCCGAGGCCCGUGCGCUAUAAAUGCCCCCGAUCAAUGAGCACAGCAGGGCAGGAGCGAGAGGAGCCGGGCCGGGCUGGGCAGGGCUGCACUUCACAGAGGAGAAACAUCGAACCGGGCACCCACCAUGUGCUUCCUCACCCGUGGGCUGGCGCUGCUGCUGGGGGUGCUGCUGUGGCGGGUGCUGCAUGGGGCACCACUGACCGAGCUCUCAGGGGACCAGGACUUCCAGCUCUUCCUGCAGAGGAACCUCGAGUUCACCCGCAAGAUCCGUGGGGAUGUGGCUGCGCUGCAGCGCGUGGUGUGUGACACCCUCCAGCUGUGCAAGGAGGACGAGCUGGUGCUGGUGCGGCAGGACCUGGACAUCGCACAGGCGCCGCUGGAGCAGUGUCACAAGCGCACCUUCCAGGCAGAGACCUGCUUCAGCCAGAUCCGGGCUGGGCUCCACAUCUACCACGGCUCUCUGGCCACCAUCCAGGCCCUGCUGCCCGGCCACACUGGGCUGGUGGAGACCCUGCAGCUGGACAUGGCCAACCUGUCCUCCAACAUCCAGCAGCAGAUGGAGGACCUGGGCCUGGCCACAGUGACAUACCCCACAGAGAACCAGAAUCCCCUCCCCACCUUCUCCUCCAACUUCCACCAUCAAGUCGGAGGCUUCUUCAUCCUGGCCAACUUCCAGCGGUUCCUGGAGACGGCAUACCGGGCACUGCGGCACCUCACCAGCCUCUGACCCCUGCUGGUGGAUGUCCCCCCUGAGGGACAUCCCAGGAGCACCCCAUUUCCUGCUUAUUUAAUAUUUAUGGCUAUUUAAUAUUUAUCUGUCUGGGGAUGCUCCCCUGCCCGCAGCCCUGGAUCCUACGGUGGAUCCGUGCACAGGUACCUGUGCAGCAUCACCCUUGUUUAAUAUUUAAACACAAGCGUAUCUCUGCUAUGAGGUUCUGGAGCUGGGCUGAGCCCCCACAGCUGCUGCUGGCACUGCCUGUGCCUCAGUUUCCCCACAGCUCGCACUGCUGGGGCUGCUGCAGCAUCCCAUGGGAAAACACCUUCAUCCCAGGAUGAAGAUACUCCAGAACAGCAUCUCCCUGUCUGGGCUGCAGCCUGCAGGGACACAUCUGAUGGGUGUUAUUUCUAGUAAUUAAUAUUUAUUAGCCAUUAGGGAGGAAUGGAAGGGAAGAUGGAAGAACCAUAGGGAUGGAGCAGUCUUACCAGGAUGAGGCUUUUCCAGGGAGUCCCAGCACUUUGGGAGCUGCAUCUCCGCUCUGUCCCCCUUCCCUGCUAAACUUGGAGUGCUUAUUGCAGUUUAACUUAUUUGUGCCCAUCCCUGGCUGGAAAGAGCCACUUGGCCACAUUCCCAUCCUCCUGAGCCUGACGCAGCCCCGGUCCCGUGGCUGUGUGGGAGCUCUGGGCGUGGGGAGUUUUGUACUGUAUUUAUUGCUGCAGCUGGGUGAGCCCUAAGAAACACCCGCUUUUUUUUUUUUUUCUAUGUGAUAAAAAUGGAAAUAAACUCUAUUUUUGCACUCUCUCUCUGUUCCGCUGUCUCCUGCUUGCGUGGGAGGGAGGCAGAGUGACCAGGAUGUGGGGACACAGGGACAUGGGGGAUGAGGGAACAGGGGUGUGGGCUGUGGCUGCUGGUGUCAGCUCAGAAAGAUGAAAUGCAGACCCCCGGUGCCCCCACCCCACAGGCUGAGCCCGCUGGGGGCCAGGAGCAGCGUGGCACGGCCGCUUCCUCCCCGCCCGGCAGCGUGCUUGGGCAAGAGCCGAUUCCUAGAAAGCUCCGGAAGCCGCCUGCGCUGGCAGCGCCCGCUGAGGGCACCAGCACCGUGCCCAGAGCUGCUUUGUGGGCUCAUCCUGGGGCUUGGGGGCACUGAGGGUCCCUAAACACCCUUCUGCUGCUGUUGUCACACAGGAAAUCUGCCCCAGAGCUGCCCAGGAGCUCUUCCAGAGCUGCCAUGGUGGGAGGAGGCUUUCAGCAAGUGAGGAAGGCAAAAGGGACAGACCCAAAUGUGGCUGAGCAAUGUCAGGAGAGGCCUGGGCAUCUCCCUUGCCACAGAAAGCCCCUAAGGGCACCCCCAGACUCUCCCCAAUGGGUGUGUGCCCACCCUGGACUGUCCCAGCUUCACCAGCCCCAUUUCCUGCCACUGGGCCCACGCUCACAUCCCAUGACCACCAGCAUCCCUCACCACACUCAUCCCAGCCACACAGG